AUAUUGGCAAUUUCUGUCAGCUGACUGAAUACUGGUACCUGAGUUGGUCCAGGGGAAAAAAAAAUAAAAAAUAAAAAUACCGAUUGGAUCGAUAACAUAGUAUCACAGAAACCAGCAACAGAGAGUCGACGCUACGCUUAAUGUUUACCACAUUCGUGGGAACGCCUCAGUCACUAACUGGGAGUAAUAAGAGUGGGCAUACGGGAGGAACCUUAGUGUCACCCUCGUCCGAACCGGCCGGGACCUCGGUUCGUGCUCCACCAAGGCCAAAGCGGCCACAAGUCGCUCGGGCUUGCGACUGGUGUCGAGUACACCGAGUCAAGUGCGACAACAACCUCCCAUGCAAGAAUUGCCGAAGCAGAGGAUGGCAAUGUAGCAACAAAGCCUCAAACGAGGCCCGUACUUUAGCACACGCGUACCGUGAGAUUGACCGACUGAAGCAACAAGUCACUGAGUUAGAAGAACAGCUCAAGGAGGAAAAUAAUGCAGCCAAUAAUGCCAGUCGCUCAUCCUCAACUAAAGCAUCGUCGCCUGUGGAUCUUAACUACAUGUGGGAAUCCACAAGCACGAAGAAAUCUUGGGAUGGCAUCGAGACUAGCACAGCCCACUCGCGUCAGAAAACGUGGUACGGGCCGUCGUCGCUCUUCUACUUUAUCAGCCGCAUGAACAGCUACCUUACAGCCGUAUUUCAGCAGCUACAUCUGGAUGAACAGAUCCAACUCAAUUCGGUCGCUAAAUCAUUCCCGACUCCCAAUUGCAGCAAUCCAUCGGACGACCAAGAGCUAUCAUCUCAGGAACCUAACAAGGGAACCUCUUCUGGCGAAUUUCUUACACCAACCCAAGAGGAGUAUUUCCUGGACCUAUUUUGGCAAUCUUUUCACAGCUCCCUGCUCGUCCUCAAUGAGCUCGAUUUCAAAAAACACUACAAGUCAUUAUGGGUGACCCCCGGUAAACCCCGGAAACCUUCAGCCCUAGUGGAUAUUGUCAUCGCUUUGUGUAUGCAAUAUGGCAUGGCCGGGAUACCACGCGGCGCAAGGGUCUCAUCUGACGUGGACGCCGAUGACCCGACUAUCGCCGGACGUUGGUAUUAUCGGAGAUGUCAGAGCCUUUUGACAAGCGAGUUGGAAAGUCCGACAAUAAGCACGCUACAAUGUCAGCUUCUCUCUGUCGUCUAUCUAUGCUGCGCCUCAUUCCAGAACAUGGCGCACAGCACCCUUGCUCUCGCUGUUCGUACUGCGCAGAUGCUUGGACUGCAUUUUGAGCCGCCUGAGACCCUGCCACUUGCUGAAAGAGAAAUGCGCAAGCGUCUCUAUUGGUCGCUUUACAUGGCUGAGAGUAAGACUGGCAUGAAACUAGGCCGGCCUUUCUCGCUAAGUUUAUCUACGACCCUGUGUAGCCUGCCUAGCGACGACCAUAACGUUGCAAUGCUAGCGGGAUCCGACUUUGCACCGCUUGGAGAGAACGUCACGUGGCUCAGUUACAAUUUAUACAACACGAAGCUGAUCCUAGCCGCGCGUGCCGUCCAUACGGCACUGUACGAUAAGUAUUCGGAGAUCUACACUGGUGAGAAAGGUACUAUCAUCUACGACGACCUAGAAGCUCUGGAACGAUAUGCCGAUUAUCUCGCAACGAUAAUGAAAACCUUGGAUACAUGGACCGUUGCUGUUCCCGAUGCGCUUAAGACAAAACGUGUCGGGGCUGGCGUCGCUUUUUCGACAGACCAAUCCCCUUUGAUCGUUGAACGGUUCGCUCCUCUCUGGCUACAGCGACAGCGCCUACUCCUAGAGUUAUUAUAUCACCACCUAUCUAUGAACCUCUAUCGGCCGUUCAUAGCAUUCCCAUCAACAUCCCCAACCCCAUCCUCUUCACCGCCGCCCCCAACACCGGUAACCCAGUCACAUGCUAACUCGGCCGUCAACCAUGGUAUGGCAAUAACGCAUAUUAUGCAUCAGAUACUGUCCGAGACUGAUAUCCUAUGUGGCUGGCUCGAAGCCUUCCAAUGGCAAUGGAAUGCCGCCGUUACAAUGGCUGGAUAUCUCCUUGCGCAUCCUAAUUCUGACAUUGCGGGCAUUGUGCGCCAGGCUGUGGAGCGGGCCGUGGCCGUGUUUGAGAUAUUCGGGCGCAGUUUCGCGGCUGCUAACAGUGCGGCGGCUGUGAUGCGGGAUCUCACAACUAAGGCUGACUUCCUCGCUUCCAGAACGGCUGACGGCCAGAUGCAGGUACCAGACCACGUGGUGGGAGCAGGGCUCAUAGAGAGCAGCGGUCCAAUGAUGAUGCAUACGAACGAAGACCACGUGGCGAUGCAGAACGUAAUGGCUAUGGACACGGCAUUUUCUAUAGACUCGUCCACUGGCUUGGAGAUGUUUUGGUCUGCCAUGGGCAAUGUGCCGGAUGAGUGGGGGUACAAUUUCGGGGCUGCUUGAACCCCUUCAGGGAAAAUGAAGAGAAUGUCAUACGCAGGUGUUGUUUGGGGUCCGUAUUUCUUUUUGAUAUACGCAAGUACGUACUAGAACAUGAGAAUUGUGCCUAGAGUAUAUAAGUUCCAUAUAAGUUCCGUAUAAUAACGAAUUAUUCAUUUCAUGAGAAACACAAGCCUCACGAAAUACUCGCCCUUUAGAACAUUUUCUGAUUGGCUUUUUUCUUUUUUUCUUCUUCUCUAUCUUCUCCUAUCACAUUUUCAUCAGUAGAUUUGCG